UCGAUCUCGCUGUCUACAACAAGGAUGCCCAGAGUCUUACCUCUCAGGCAGCACCGCAGUCUCCCUGGGAUCUUGCCAGUUUUGUGUUGCCUCGCAUCUCUCCCGAUCCUCGCCCACCUCUUGGUCGACACUCGAGUGGGAGAACGGAAAGCGGCGGGGAGAGGGACCAGGGGUCAGCCGAGAGACACCAGGACCCUGAUCCUGCUGGAUGUGAACAUCAGGAGCUCGGUUCGGACCGUGAGCGAGAACUUUCUGUCAAUCCAACUAGACCCUGCCGUGGUACAUAAUGGUUGGAUCGAUUUCUUAAGCUCCAAAAGGCUGGUAACACUGGCUCGAGGCUUGGCACCCGCCUUCCUGUGGUUCGGUGGCAAAAGGACGGAUUUUCUACAGUUCCAGAAUCAUCGGAAUCUGGCGAAGCACCGAGGAGAACUGGGACCAGAUUACUACCUGAAAAACUACGAAGACGACAUUGUCCGAAGUGACAUCGCCCUGGAUAAGCAGAAAGGCUGUAAAAUCGCCCAGCAUCCGGAUAUCAUGCUGGAAUUGCAGAGGGAGAAAGCUUCGCAGGUGCAGUUGGCUCUUACGAAAGAGCAAUUUUCCAACACCUACAGCAACAUCACAAUAACAGAGCCCAACAGCUACCGGACGAUGGUGGGAAGGACUAUUAAUGGCAGCCAGCUGGGCAAGGACUAUAUCCAGUUCAAGAACUUGCUGCAGUCUGUGCGGUUCUACACGAAAGCCAGCCUGUAUGGCCCGAACAUUGGUAGGCCUCGGAGAAACACUGCGGCCUUGCUGGACGGUUACUACAUUGAUGACCAGACCGCAAAUGUGGCUGAUUUUAUGAAAACCCGCUUGCUGGACACUUUGUCAGAUCAGAUUGCCAAGGUGCACAGGGUGGUCAACUCUCAUGUACCAGGGAAAAAGGUGUGGCUUGGGGGAGUAGGGCCAGCAUGGGCUGGAGGAACUACCAAUCUUUCGGAUACCUACGCAGCAGGGUUUCUGUGGUUAAAUACGCUGGGAAUGUCAGCCAAGCAAGGGAUAGAUGUUGUGAUCCGUAAUUCCUUCUUUGACCAUGGAUAUAAUCACCUUGUGGAUCAGAACUUCAACCCCCUACCGGACUAUUGGCUUUCACUGCUUUACAAGCGGCUGGUGGGAACCAAAGUGCUCACUGUUCAAGUGGCAGGCCUGCAGAGGAAACCUAGGCCCGGGCGAGUGAUAAGGGACAAGCUGAGAAUCUACGCCCACUGUACACACAUCCGCAAUCACAAUUAUCUGCGAGGAUCCAUUACCAUUUACAUCAUCAACCUCCACAGAUCAAGAAAGAAAAUAAAGCUGGCUGGAACGCUGAGGGACAAGACAGUUCACCAGUAUCUGCUCCAACCUUAUGGAGUUCAGGGGUUGCAAGCAAAGUCUGUGCAGCUGAAUGGACGGCCGCUACUAAUGGUAGACGAUGAAACAUUUCCCGAACUAAAACCGCGAACUCUCCGAGCUGGAAGAAUUGUGGUAAUUCCCCCUCUCUCCAUUGGAUUCUAUGUGGUGAAGAAUGCCAACGCCCCGUCUUGCAAAUUCCGAUAGCCAGGAUGCCCAGAUGCCUGGUCUUGAACAUUAAUGUAAAACAAAAACAGCUGACCAUUUCCGUUCCUGUCUGAAACCCCUCUGAAAACAGGGCCUCAAGGCUCCCAGAAAGCUCAAAAUGUGAUGUCCCGUCUUACACACCUCCUCCCCACACAGCGGCAGCCCCCCUUCCUCCCCUUCCAUGAUCCCGAUCUUGCUUGACACAUUGUUAUCUGCUUCAGGUAGCAGCUCAGAGGCUACAGCAAUUGUAAUCGUCUUCAAUGAAUGACCUUUCCUUUAAAAAAACAGCACCAUCAUCCCAGCAUGUUUACUGCUCAGACAACACGUGAAAACUGAACUGCAUUAUACAAUGCCUCAGGCACCUUCUGUACAGAAGAGUUAUUUUUCUAGUCAGAUAACACAAAUCAGACUCAAAUAUCCCUGGUAACCUCUUCAAAACAUCCAAUUAGUCACUUUUCUAUUGUCCGUCUGGUCUGUGUAAACGGAAGAAAAUGUGUUUCCACGUUUGCAAACUAACUUAUCACCAGCUUCCCUGAUGUUUCAACGUAGCAUUUCCUCUGUGCAUAACUGAGUAACCCAUGCCUGGAGCAACUGCUACUGGGCAGUUGCUCUGACUGGUCGCAGGGACCCUUAGGUUGGGAGGUGUAAGGUUAGAAGUGAGAGCAAUGUUGAGCAAAUCACCUACACUACUGUGCCCAACUCCAUUUGACCACUUCUGGAAAGGUAUAUGCAUUAAUGAAGCCUGAUUCGGGGCAUGGCCAUGCUGUCUCGGUAACGAGGGUGACUAGCCAUAUAGUUGUCCCAUCCCGGGGUUUGGUAGCACCAUCAGAUAGCAUGGGCAGAAUCGCAACACAUAAGUACUGCGACUAAGCAAUGUGUUUCUCUCAUUCAUAACCUCCUUAUUGUUUGCUGAAGGCAGUUUGUGGUACAGGAUUAUUCUCUGCAUUAAACACUGGCACGAAUUCCAUCCAAGUAUCCAAUUGCUGUUUUCUUCCUUUCUUCUGGAUGUCGCUGAAUGAUACAAUUACAGAAAAGGCCCAUUGUGUCUCUGUCUGUUUGUGGAUGCAGCCUGGCCAAUAAGUCUCACUGACCUGGUCUUUUCCCAUAGCCCAAGAAUUCUUUCUUUUCUCUCUGUGAAGUAUUUGUACAAUUCCCAAGUUCAAAAUAGAACAGGCAUUGAGAAUUCCACCCCCACCAUUCCCCUGCAUCGAUCCAUCCUUGUGACUCAUUUAAAAAUAAACUUCACCUACGAUAGAACACCCCACCGAAAGGGCAGAAUCCCAAUACAUUGCCAGUGAAUUUAUCAAUUAGGACAGCAAUUUCCAUUCUGUUGUGGGAUGGGGGGCGGAAUACUUGAAUUGCUUUUGCCUCUUCUAUUUUGAAAAAGUUCUUGUCAUCUCGCAUCCACGAGGUAUUUACCACAAGGGAUUUGCUUCUUGUGGUGAAUUAAUAAACUAUAUUAGUUAAACAAUUUGCACAGACCCACAACAGCGUCUGUGACAAAGCUUUUGGGAGGGGUAAAUUGGCACAUAAAUGGUUCGGGAGAGACCCAAAUGUCAGUCCAAAAACAAUGGAAGGAGCUGCAAAGGCUGGACUUCCUUUUCUCACUCCUUUCUGAAGUGAAUAACUCAUUAACAGAACAUUUAGUGACAAUCUGUCUUUAAAUCUCCAUCCCAUGCCAUCCCUCUCAUACCAUGCUGAUUCUAUUCCUUUCACACCAUCCCCAUCCCUUCUCCCAUUCCAUAUCUCCCACGCCUUCCGUCCACUCCCUCACCAAUAACACCCCUGCUACUGAAUCCUUACCUGAAAUGAAGAACCAUCUAGUAUUAAUAGACAGUUCCAAACAAAAGGGGGAAUCAAUGAAGGGUCGACUGAUUCCUCAAUAGUCCCUUCAGUAAGAAAACCUAAUCAACUGAAUGGCAGAAAGCGAAGCACAUAUCUGAUAAGACUCUUUAUCAUCAGGGUGAAACGUAUGAACUUGUCUCAUCCCAAUCCUUAUGAAUCUACAUAACCUCUAGAGUUGAUAUUCCAAAGUUCAUAUCCCAGGUACCUACAAAUGUCUACCCAUUAGCCCCAUUACCUUGUUUUGUAUUCCUUUGCAUUUUAAUAUUAUGCAGUAGUGACGUACAGCUAAUCACUUAAAUGUCGUGUUAAAUUGUCCAACAGUACAAUGUAAUUAGCAGUACCAGAAACAGAAGAUAUUAACAACACUUAAUAUAUUUGAUGCCUUGCUUAUAAAAGUAUUUACUAAGAUGUUCAUAUAUCUUUGAAAGAUGAAGAAGCAUCAUGAGAUUAUAACUCAUAUACUUGCCUUAUCCAGGACUUUUUUAGCACUAUACCAUAUAGCAUGUUCUCGGAACUUUUCUGGCGAUUUUUAUUUUGUCUUAAAGGUGCUGAAGUUCUAUUAAA